AUGCAGCAAGAAGCAGAGAGAUGCAGAGUUCGAGCCAGGAGGCCUGACAUGGCACUUUAUGUACCCGAAGCUCGAAGGGGUAUAGUACUACUGAAAUCAGGUGACGAGGGAAAAAGCUGUGGUCCACCUAACUCCGUGGUGAAAGAAGAACAAAGGGAAGAUUCUCUCUCCCAAAAGGAGAUCUUUCAAGACAAAUGCAAGACUCCAAGACUAAGUAUUAAUCCUGAUAAAAAGGAGCACAGUUGUAGAGAAGGAAAGAAAUAUUCAACGAAAUUUAAAAAAGAUACAUGCCUUCAAGAAAGAAAGAAAGAUAGGGUUUGUACUAAGAGGGCAACUGCAGAAUCCAAAGAAGUAUUAUCCCAAGGACAUCAGCAAAGAGUCUUCAAUACUGGGAUUGUACCUAGCGUACCUUUACAAAGACAUUUUAAACCAAAGAAGGUAGAGUGUUUGGAGGUUGAAACCAGAGAUGUGAUAGGACAUGAUGGGUUGCUUCUAUCUCAAUCUUGUUCAGAAAUCAGUAAGGCUUGGGUUCCAAACAAGCCAUCCACAAACGUGGAAAUCUCUGAUAUCAAGAGAAAUGAACUAAAUGGGGAAACAUUUGAAGAUAGAAAUUUGGAAAACAGAAUGGAAACUGAUGCCAAGAUUAUGGAGAUACUAUCCCAGUUUCCUGGAGAUUUUAAUUCUGUGGUGAAACCUGAGAGUGUGAUCUCACCAGUAAAACAAAACUCUGAUUCUGGAAUUGUACAACAAGGCAUGCAAACAUUAGAUGGAAUGCUGAAGCACAGCAAUGGCGCCAUCACUACUGAUUCUGUUCCUAGCAGUUCAGAUGGUAUCAUUGGUCAGACUUAUGUAGACUUGGAUGCUGAGAAUGUUGGUGAUACAGCCAAUAGGACAGACUCCGUCUCGAGUCAGAAAGGUAUGGAUUCCAUUCCUGAGACUGUGGGUCACCUCUCUCAUCAAAUGACUAUGGCCAGCAAAUUAGAGAGCACAAAUGACAUUUCUGAUCCAACAACGAUUAGAGGGUGUGAGGAGAAUGACAGCACUGCUGAUGAGUUAUGUGUGAAGCAUGAAUCUUCUGAUACAGCUGCCCUUGCUCAUGAAACAUAUACAGAUAAUGAGUCCGAGAGUGUACGUAACAUUACCAAUAAGACAUGUACAAUGGACAUUACAGAUACCAUAUCUGAUCAAAGGGUAGGCAGCCCUUGUGUAGUUGCAGUUAGAGUAGCAGAUGAAGCUUGUAGCAACACAGGGAGUUUCUCAGACUGUUUAGAAAUGAAUGCAGAUACAGCCCUUCUUCAUGCAGCUGAAAGUGGGAAUGACACUGAAAAUUUCAGUAACCUGACUGCUUGCUCAGAUAUCUAUGCUGAGAGUAUUUCAUCUAGUUUCACAGAGUCAACAGGAAAGUUGAUAGAGAGCUUGUCAGAUUGUGCUUCCUCCUUACCUAUAAAGAAGAUAACUGGUAGUAAUUGUAACACUUAUUUGGACUCUGAACUCAGUAUAUUAAAUGGGACAAACGUAUUUUCAGAUAGUGCCUUGGGCAGUGAUCUUGAUGGUACUGGUGAUAUAACAGAGGCAUUACAUGAACUUAAGACUGCUGAAGAGUUCCAAACAGAAGAUGGUGACUCAGAGAAUGUGGAAUUUGGUAUAUCCUUUCCUGAUAUAGAAUCAGUAUCUAAGGAAACAUCUGUGGAGCCAAAAGCAACAGAUAUAUCUCACACAGAAAGAAAUGCUGCUACUGAGGAGAGCUGA